CGCUCUGCCCUUCCUCGCCCUGGAUGUCGCAAGAAGCUGAGACCCCCUCGAUCUCGGUUGCCCGCCCUUGCAAAGUAAUCCCACCCCACCUUCCCUCCUGGGCACCUUUGCGCGUGGCGGAGGGGGCUCCCUUGCAAAGGCUACAAUGUCACCUGAUGAAAUUGUCUACUUGGCGGUCCUUCUCAUCUCUAUACCUGUUGGUUUCCUCUUCAAGCAAGUUGGUUUAAAGACCAAAAAAUAUGGAGCAGCUGUUGUAGGACUUGCACUUAUUCUGGUGACUUGCCAGAUACACAUCCUUCAUUCCCUUAUCACCAUCCUGGGGACAUGGCUUAUUAUCAAUAUCUCACCAAGGACUUGUCAUCACCUGACGCUGGGAUGGACAUUUUCCUACUUACUUUUUUUCCGCACAGUUACUUACUUCAACUAUCCAGAGCCAACACCAUUCACCAAUGCUGUGCAACUUUUGCUCACUCUUAAGCUGCUGAGCUUAGCCAAUGAGGUACAAGAACUCAUUCAGGCGAAGAAACAGGAAGUGACAACCUUCACCAAAUCUCCAGUGAUUGGUACAGUUCUCCAAAAACCGGGGUUGGUGGAGAUACUGUGCUACAGUUACUGCUAUGUGGGGCUUAUGACAGGCCCAUUUUAUCGCUAUCGUACGUAUCAUGACUGGUUGAGCCAGAUUGAUCCCUCUAUUAUCCCUAGCUGGCGGCCGAUGCUUUCCAGAUCCAGAAUGAUCCCCAUCUUUGGAAUAUUUUUCCUGGUUGUCUCCCACUUCUUCCCCCUUGACUACGUCCGAAGCAAUGCCUUCUACGAGAGAGGACUCCCUUUCCGCCUCUUUUACAUGGUGCCCAUUUUCUUUGUCUUCCGUAUGCGUUUCUAUGUUGCCUGGCUUUGCGCCGAGUGCGCCUGCAUUGCUGCCGCUUUUGGUGCCUAUCCAGUCACUGCCAAAUCUCGGUCAGGUGGAGGACCUACAGUGGAAUAUGAGCCUUUAAGUCGAUCAGCCGACGGGGAAGCCUCCAAUGUUGCCUAUGAUUAUGAGACAAUCAAAAACAUUGAUCCACAUGGAACAGAUUUUUGUGUCAAAGUAAAGGAUGGCAUGCGCUAUUGGAACAUGACUGUCCAGUGGUGGUUGGCACAAUACAUCUACAAAAGUGCACCAUUCCACUCCUAUGUCAUGAGGAGUGCAUGGACAAUGCUUAUAUCGGCCUACUGGCAUGGGAUCCACCCCGGGUACUACAUCAGCUUCCUUACCAUCCCACUCUGCCUAGCAGCUGAGGGGGCCAUGGAGAGUGGAUUCUUGAAGCACCUCUCCCCAUCUGGGCGUCUUUGGGGUGACUGGAUACAGUGGUUCCUGAAGAUGAGGGCCUAUGACUACAUGUGUAUGGGUUUUGUGUUGCUUACCUUUGAGGAUACCAUUCGCUAUUGGAGCUCAGUCUAUUACUGCAUCCAUGUGGGAGCUGUGUUUUUCUUCCUGCUGGGAACAGUGAUGGGGGCCCAGAGGAAAUGGAGCUCCCCAAAAGAUAAACAGGGUGCUCCACAGAAUCCCAAGCAACAGGAAUGAGAGGGCAAAGGUGAUGUUGCCAUAUACCCACAGCAAGGAACGCUAUCAUAGGCCCCGGAGGCUAAGGGAACAAAUAAGACUCAGUGUAAGUCUAGUUUCGAUAUAUGUCAUGACUGUAGGUGGGGAUUGAAGGAAGUAAUCCAAGAUGGAACUUGGAAAUCUCUACUUUUGGUCUGCUUUGUGACAAGGUGAUUUAGAAAUCCUAAAAAUAUUGCCACCUAGGCUAUUCUACUCAACACCAGGGGCUUCUGAGAAAAGGAAAUUUCUCCACAUCUUAACUUCUAACUCAGUGUUUCUCAGUCUCAGAAAUUUUAAGAUCUAUGGACUUCAACCCACAUGCUCACUGGGGAAUUCUGGGAGUUGAAGUCCAUCCAUCUUAAAGCUGUUGAAGCUGAAAAAUACUGUUCUGACCUAAAGUUUAGAAAUCUUCUGGCUCCUCUAUUAUAGUCUUGUUUUUAUUUUCAUUUAUUUUUCUCAGCCAUUUUAUAGGAUAGGGCAGUGAUGGCGAACCUUUUAGACACUGAGUGCCCAAAUUGUGCGCACACACACACACACACACACACCCAAACUGAAAGCUGCAUGCAUAUGUGUGUGCACGGAUAUCUGGCCGGCGGGAGGCAGGGCAUCCCGGCACUGGCAGCUCAGAAAGAGGUCAGAUCUUUUUCUUUCGUGAGCUUCUUUUUCAUCGUUUGCAGGGUAACAGAAGCUCACGAAAGAAACACCACGGAGAUCUGACCUGGGAUGAUGGCACAUGUGCCAGCAGAGAGGGCUCUGCAUGCCACGUCUGGCACGUGUGCCAUUGGCUCGCCAUCACGGAGAUAGGGUAAAGGAAUUACACCCUACUGGCUGUUAUGGAACUCCAGCCAAAUAUAAUAAUUUUAUAGGCAAUGGAAUAUAUGCUAUAACUGCAUAGCAUCUGGAGGAUCACACAUUCUCUGUCCUUCAACCAGUAGGAUUUUUAGUUCUGUAAUAUGCAUUCUAUAACGAACUGAUCCCCAACUUUCACUGUCAUUUUUGUUUUCUUUAAAUGUCAUAGUAGCCUUGAAAAUAUCUGCAUAUAUAAUGAGAUUUCUUGAAAAAGUAAAUUUGGGACUUGGUCCUUGGGUAGAUAAGAGGUGAGGCUGUCAUAUUUGAGCUGCAAAAAUCAGGAUGGUCAUUAGAAGACAGCUUCCAUCCAAUGAUCAUCCAGAUUUGGGCAACUCAGAUUUGGUAAUUAUAUAGAAAUGCUAAGAUUUAACAAAAAAAGCUCCAUCCAAAUGUUAUUGAUCACUUGUACAGAGACAUGUGCAAAAAUGUAUUAGGUCUCACAAAAUCUUGAAUCAGUGACCCUGUUGCUCACAGAGGUGAGAUUCUGGAAUAUAAGAAGAUUUUUACAGGGCUGGAACCUGUAAACUUACACAAAAGUGACGGAAACACAAAGAUUAGUUUGCUAAUAUAGAGGUACAGGUGGGGCUGGUGAACUAGUAAAGAAAUCAGAAGUUGCACAAAAAGACUGCCAUAUUUAAGUAUGUUACUGUUAAAUAUAAGGAACAAAUGCAUGUUUGAUUUUUUUUAGCCAUGAUAUUUGGGGCUGAAAUUUUUUAAAAACUUUUUAGGGCAUAUAGGGCUGUGUCUUAUGGAACCUAAAAUGUGUACACUGAGUAUAAAAAUGUGGAUUUUAGUUUACAAAACAUAAACAAAUAUAUUAGCUACCAGAAAAAUGAUUGCUCAGGUAAUACGUUUAUAUCUUAAGGAAAACUAUACAUGAACCUGCUUGUGUUUGCAUUAUUUUUGGUCCAAACUAGUAUUUUAUUGGAAGGUACUUGGAAAAUAAAAUUCUUGUUUCUUAAAAAAAAGAAAGAAAGAAACACACAAACGCAUUAGUUUUUUGCAUAGUUACAUCUUGCUGGUGCUGAACAAAGCAACAGAAAAUACACAUUGAAUUCGACAAGUCUCCUGCCCCUUACUACAAGGAGCUGGAUUUCAAGUGUCUUCUUCCCAAAGAGCUAACCAUCUUCUGAACGCUGAAACAAUCUUAAACGUCUAUACCAGUUAUAUAGUCUCUUUCUACUAUCACACUUCCCUGACUUAUUCAGUAAAUUGACCCUAUAACCAAUAUGCACUGCAAUUUUUGUCUUGCUCAAACCAAAUCCACCCCACUGAGAUCUUGCGUCCUUCUCAGCUCAGCCUUCCUUUUCCUGAAAGCCGGCAGAAGCCAGCAGAACUACUCCUUCACCAAGCUGAAUUCAUCUCGUGUUCUCCAUCUUGCUGGUUAUAGGGCAGUGAUGGUUAACCUUUUUGGUGCCGGGUGCCCAAAGCAUGUGUGUGCAAAUGCACGUGCAUGUGCCUGAACCCCCCAAAAUACAAUGUGAGCGCCCCGCCUGUGCAUGUGCCCUCCCCCCCGCUUUAUUUUCGGCCUGGAAAGCCACCUGCAGCCUCUACCCACGCACCCCAAAGACCAGCUGGCCGGUGGGAGGCGUGGAUGCAUGUGCGGUGGAGUUGGGCUGGGGUGAUGGCUGGCUUGCCUGCAGAGAGGCCUCUGCAUGCCACCUGUGGCGUGUGUUCCAUAGGUUCACCAUCACAGUUACAGGGUGAUCCCAUCAGGAUAUUUUGAAGGACAUUUAAUGCUUUUCUUAUCAAAGCUUCUGGGCUGCUUAACACAUAAUCCCCAUAUCCCAAUAAUAUAUAAACCUGCACUCAAUUGUGUGAGUGGCACAGAAAACAGAAAGAAAGCUUUCUUUCUUUCUUUGUAUAUUUGUAAGAGGAAAUGGCUAGAUUGAUAGUGUACACCACAUAACAAUGAUUUCCAAAAAGUUCUACUUCAAACACUUUUUCAUGCCUUCAUUCCUGAAGCUGCUUAUACUUUUCAAAACAAACAUAUUAAAGUGAUUUUUUUAUAUUUGUAUGGUUUUGCAACUAUACACACUUCCCUGGGUACAGCAUUGAAGUAUUGUUCCUAAAACAAUCGUCUUACUUGUACCUCCUACUCACUAUCAGAGUGUAUAAAAUCAAUGGAAUGAUACAGCUGGAUAAUCUGCAGCCAUGGAAAAAUUUGAAAAGGCAGUUUUUUGCUGCUUUAAUUUGGGAGUGGCCGAUGACAAAAAAUCUCUAGCAUUUUCUUUUUCCCAGCAAGAUUCCUCCAGUGUCAACACUGAUCUUGAAUUAUGCUCUCCGUAGAAAGAAUACAUGACAAACUACUUCUGAAACUAAAAUCCUACGGCAUCUCUGAACCCCUUCAUAAUUGGAUAACUGGAUUCCUGUCAAACAGGCAACAAGUGAUCAAAAUAGACAGCACCCUAUCAAAUCCUGCACCUGUUAAUAAUGGUGUCCCCCAAGGCAGCAUUCUAGGACCAAUACUCUUCAUAUUAUACAUAAUUGACCUUUGUGAUCAUACAAGUAACUGCGUUCUCUUCGCCGAUGAUGUUAAAUUAUUUAAUGCUACCAACAAUACUGCUACCCUUCAAAAAGACCUUGACUUUGUGUUGGAAUGGUCAAAAAAUUGGCAACUCCAAAUCUUAAUCAACAAAUGCUCUUACACAUUGGCAAAAAGAAUCAGAACACAAAAUACAACCUAAGUGCACAUGACCUUGUAAAUGACCCUCACUCUGUCAAGGACCUUGGAAUACUCGUAUCAAAUGAUCUGAGUGCCAAAGCCCACUGUAACAACAUUGCCAAAAAGGCAUUAAGAGUUGUAAACCAAAUCUUGCAUAGCUUCUCCGGUAAGACUACACUACUAACCAGAGUAUAUAAAACAUUUGCUAGACCAAUUCUUGAAUACAGGUCAUCUGUCUGGAACCCACAGUGCAUAUCGGUCAUUAAUAUAAUUGAGCACGUCCAGAAAUAUUUCACAAGAAGAGUCCUCCACUCCUGCUCGUAACAAAAUACCUUAUGCCACCAAACUUGAAAUUCUGGGUUUAGAAAAUUUAGAACUAUGCCGCCUUCAGUAUGACUUGAGCAUAACUCAUAAAAUCAUCUGCUACAAUGUCUUUCCUGUCAAUGACUACUUCAGCUUUAACCACAACAAUACAGGAACAAACAAUAGGUACAAACUUAAAAUGAACCACUCCAAUUUCGAUUGCAGAAAAUAUGACUUCAGUAACAGAGUUGUUAAUGCCUGGAAUGCACUACCAGACUCUGUGGUUUUAUCCCAAAAUCCCAAAAACUUUAACCUAAAACUGUCUACUGUUGACUUGGGCAUGCAUAAGAGCACCAGUGUUCCUGUCCUAAUGUUCCCUUUAAUUGUAUUCAUUUUAUGUACUCAAUUCAUGCUUAUACUUAUAUAUAUAUAUUAUUUAAUAUGUACUUGACAAAAUAAAUAAAUAAAUCC